AUGUCUAAUCUAGUCCCAAGUACGACGACCAUCCCGCCACUUUUAGAGGCCUUGCGAACAGCACCCACCGCGCCUGAUGCAAAAAGCGCCGCAAAUGCACUUGCACAAGAGGUAAAGACGCUCGGAUAUACUUUACUUGAGGAUGCAAAAAUCCUACAAACCCUUCAAGCGUUCUGUAUGAACAAAAAGUCCGGAUACGAGCGUGAAUCCGGGGCAAUGGGCUUCCAGUCCCUCGCUACGAUCCUUGGAACACCAGUCGGCCCAUUACUCAUUCCCUCUUUGCCAACUCUCUUCGAUCUCUACAUGGAUAAGGGAGACGUUGUGCGCGAGGCCGCAACAGCGGCUGUCAAAGCAAUCCUCAAGAUCUUUCCUCCAGAGGCACUGAGCCCUGUUCUCCGCAACCUAGAAGUUUCGCUCAAACAGACCAAACAAUGGAAGUCCAAAGUUGGUGUCCUAGACGCGAUCAAGACACUUGCCAAUCAGAAUAAAGAACAAGUGGGCGAGGAGCUAGGCACGACCCUUCCUCAUAUCGAAUUGGCCAUGCAUGAUACCAAGGCAGAGGUGUCUUCCGCUGCUAUCAAGUGUGGCACCGCACUUUGUGCCACAUUACCCAAUCCAGAUCUUCUUCCACACGUUCCUGCGCUGGUUAAAUGCAUGGCCGAUCCACAGACCGUCGCAGCUUGCAUCAAGGCACUCAGUAACACCACGUUUGUCGCAGAAGUUACGGCACCAGCGCUAGCAGUUCUUGUGCCGCUUCUCACUCGCGCAUUAAACGAUAGGAGUAUGGAGGUUCAGAGACGAACGGUCGUGGUCAUUGACAACCUCGUCAAACUCGUUCGUGAUCCAAAGGUCGCCGCCAGGUAUCUGUCCGGACUAGUGGAUGGUGUAGACAAGAUUAUGAAGGGUGCUUCGUUCCCCGAAGUGCGUGCAUUCGCAGCGACAGCGCAUGCCACUCUGCUCAAGGCCGGCGCGUCAAUCUGCUCUGCGAGAGAUUUUACCUUUUGUCCUCCACAACUCUUCAUCAGCAUGGAUCCACCUCAAGCUUUUCAUCCAUCCUUCGCCACAUGUCUCGAAUUUUCAGCCAGUUUAGUCGCCGAUUUGGUCUAUGACAAAACCUACGACAACACUGCGGCGUGGAAGCGAAGUGUAGGAUCAUACCUCUCUCACUGGCUCUCAGUGUACGGUGCCAGUGAAGACAAGGAUGGCUCUGAGACGUCUGAACGGAUUCGAGAACAUUUUUAUGCACUCUACAAGGCUCAAUUUGCUCCAAAGGUCAAUGGCAACUCGGAAGAAGGAGAACUGCUCUGUGAGACGCUAUUCUCACUCGCAUAUGGAGCAUUACUGCUCCUUUCGCACACCACACUUAGACUUAUCCGUGGUCGCCGAUAUGGUAUUCUUGCUCCCAAUGGAAGUGGCAAGAGCACACUUUUACGUGCGAUAAGAGACGGCAAAGUAGAAAACUUUCCACCUCAGGAAGUGCUGAGGGCGGUAAUGGUCGAACAUGCGCUGCAAGGAGAGGAUGCAUCGCUUCCUAUCAUUGACUUCAUCGCCAGUGACAAACAGCUUCAGUCCACAUCACGAGCGGACAUUGCUCAACAGCUUCGUGAUGUUGGUUUUGAUGAUGCAAGACAAGUGCAGCCCGUUGGAAGCCUUUCAGGAGGAUGGAAGAUGAAGCUUGAACUGGCAAGGGCCAUGCUUUACAAGGCAGACUUGUUGCUUCUCGACGAACCGACGAACCAUUUGGAUCGAGCAUCUGUUCGGUGGUUGGAAGACUGGCUCAAAGCUCAAGCCAAUGUCACAUGUCUAAUUGUCAGCCAUGACUCGGGAUUCUUGGACAAUAUUACAACAGAUAUUAUCCACUACGAGACGAAGAAGCUCGUCUAUUAUCCAGGCAAUCUCUCCAAAUUCGUCGAGAUCCACCCUGAAGCGAAGUCCUACUAUACGUUGGCCGCAACGAGCAUCAAGUUUGCUUUCCCACCUCCUGGAUCGUUGAUGGGUGUGCGAAGUAAUACAAGAGCCAUCAUGAAGAUGACAAACUGCACGUUUACGUAUCCGGGACGUGACAAGCCGAGCUUGAUUGACGUUAGCUGUGCUCUCUCGCUUUCGAGUCGAGUGGGAAUCAUUGGGCCAAACGGGGCUGGAAAGAGUACCCUGAUCAAGCUUCUUACUGGCGAGACCACCCCUCAGGAAGGCACUGUUUACAAACAUCCCUCCCUGAGAGUAGGUUAUGUCUCACAACAUGCUACGCAUCACAUAGAUCGACAUCUGGAGAAGACUGCGAUCCAAUACAUUCAAUGGCGUUUCCAAGACGGACACGAUAGGGAGGUUCUCGAGAAGAGCACUCGCGUCUUGACCGAGGAAGAGAAGAAGGUCCUUGAUCAAGACUUUGUAGGGAAAAAUGGCGAGAAGCGCAAGAUCGAGUUCAUCAUGGGGCGUCAAAAGCUUAAGAAGUCGCUCCGAUACGAGAUAAAGUGGAGGGGUUUGGAUCACAAAUUCAAUACAUGGCUACCACGCGAAGAAUUGCUCGAGAAAGGGUUUACAAAGAUCGUUCAGCAGUUUGAUGAUCUCGAAGCAUCAAGAGAGGGUGCAGGUUCCCGCGAGACUACUCUCCUUGCCGUCAGAAAGGUCUUGGAAGACAAGGUUAAAGUCGUCAUUGCCGCUGCUCUGUGGAAUAAUCCACAGAUUGUCGUGCUGGACGAGCCAACUAACUUCCUGGAUCGUGAAGCUCUUGGAGGACUUGCUGUUGCUAUCCGUGAUUGGGCCGGUGCCGUCGUGAUCAUCUCCCACAACGAAGAAUUUGUCGGCGCCCUGUGCCCAGAGAUCUGGAAUAUUGACGCGGGAAGGUUGACCCACAAAGGCAAAGUGGCCAUCGUUGACGACGCGUUCCUUGACAAGCCCGGCAAGUGGAACUCUGGGUUCAACACUCCCGCCGCAGCAUCUCGAGGUCAAACACCUGCAGCAUCUGCACAAGGCACGCCCGCAGCGAGUGGGGACGAAGGGUCUAAGCCAGCAUCCGGCGUCGCAACUCCUGCCAGUGGUACUGGAAUCGUAAAGAAGAAGAAGAAGCUGACGCGCAAUCAGCUGAAAGCGCAAGCGGAUCGUCGCAAAGCGAGGCAAUUGCAUUGGCUUACCUUUGGCGGUCCCAAACCAGAGGAUACAGAUAGUGAUUAG